AAAUAUUUAUAUAUACAUAUAUAUAUAUAUAUAUAUAUGAUAUAGAUGGCAAUAGCAAAAACAAAUUUAUUUUUGAGUUUUAGCUUAUUUUUGGCCUUCAACAAUUUCGUAACUUUGGCAAAGUUACCUGAUUAUGCACUAAGCUUAGCUAAAUUAAACGAUGACAAUCAUUUGGAAUAUGCUUUGUCUAAAAUACUUAUACCAAGAGUUGUAGGCUCCUCCGGUCAUAGGAAAGUUCAAGAUUUUUUAAUAAGUGAAUUAGAAUCUUAUGGAUUGACCGUAGAAUUGGAUCGCUUUAGUGAACGUGCACCAAUUUUUGGAAAUUUAACAUUCACAAAUAUUAUUGGAAAAUAUAAUCCAAAUGCUGAUGAGUUUUUAGCUAUAGCUUGUCAUUAUGAUAGUAAAUAUUUCCCAAAUAAUCCAAAUUUUGUUGGUGCCAUUGAUUCAGCUGUUCCAUGCGCAAUAAUGCUAAAUGUUGCGAAAAUAAUAACUCCGCAUUUGAGUAAAAUAAAACAAAAGUCGAACCUUGGUAUAUUGUAUAUAUUUUUUGACGGUGAAGAAGCAUUUAAAGAUUGGUCAAACAAAGAUUCAGUUUAUGGCUCUAGGCAUUUAGCUAAAAAAAUGUCUGAAAAAGUAACUGCAACUCAAGGAACAAAUGAAAUUAAAUCAGAUAUUGAUAGAAUUGAAGUUUUAGCUCUGCUUGAUCUAAUCGGCGCACGAAAUUCAAAAUUUAGAAAUUUUUUUCCCAACACAGAGGCGCUACAUUCCCUUUUAGUAAAUAUAGAAAGAAAUUUGUUCGAUGAAAAACAACUUGAAGGCAAAAAUUUUCAGUUUCUAGCGAGUUAUUCAGAUAACUUCGUUGACGACGACCAUAGACCUUUUUUGCGAAGAGAUGUUCCUAUUUUGCAUUUAAUAUCUACACCUUUUCCAAAACAGUGGCAUAAACCAAGCGAUAACGCUGCUAAUCUUCACUGGCCGUCAAUUAGAAAUUUUAAUAAGGUUUUUAGAUUAUUUACAUACAUAUUCGUAUUUGUUCACGAUGAAAAUGUAAAUUUUAGAUUUAAAAAUCUAAAUGCUAACUGGUAAAUUAUUAAGAACUAGAUUGUGAAUUAAAAUAUAAUUUAAAAAUGGA